UUGGCUGCCUCAUCGUCGUGUCCACUGUUCCUGUUAUUCACAAAGUUCCAAUAGGCGAUAGAUCGACCAUUAUGGCUUCGAUGAACCUCGCGCCACCGCCGGAGGGGGGCGGCCGGCCGAGACCUGCGGCGAUCGGCAUCGACUUCGGGACGAGCAAAUGCUGCGUGGCUGCGGUGCACGACGGUCGGGUGGACGUCCUGGAGAACGAGUUGGGGCAAAGGACGACGCCUUCCUGUGUUGCCUUCAACUCCCAGCAGCGACUAGUGGGCAGCGAUGCCCUGGACCAGGCCGUUGUGAACUGCGCCAACACCGUGCACGCCGUCAAGAGCUUCCUGGGCAGGACCUACAACGAAGUGAAGGAUAUGUCUUCUCUCUGCAGAAUUCAACAAACUUACAUCGAUAGUAAAUUCGAGUACGUCGUCCAGUACAAAAAUCAAAUUCGAUGGUUGAGACCAGAGCAGGUGGCCGCCAUGCUGCUCGGGAAGAUGAAGGACAUCGCGGAAUCCUCUCUGGGUUGUCCCGUGGACCGCGCGGUCAUCUCGGUACCGGCUUCGUUCGGCAACGCGCAGCGACUCGCGGUAAAAUACGCCGCGCAAGUCGCAGGACUUGAAGUUCUUGAGCUGAUUAACGAAACAACCGCGGCGGGAGUCGCCUUCGCGGACAACCGCACCGUCAAAACCCCCUGCGGUUAUCGCGGUGGUGGAUUUCGGGGCGGGUAA